AUGUUUCGCACAGCAACGACGUCUUCACUUGCCUCGCGAUUUUUCAUUUCCAUCAAUCAUCCCCGAAUAGCACCACUUACCGUACCGCUUGCCUCGCUAACCAAUCACGCACCGAUCACGUUCGAUGGGAUGGUCCAGCACCAGUACAGCCGUACCCGGGACGACCAGCACCAUCAGCAACGAAAGAAACGUACAGGACCGAUACGUUUCCUCGCUGCCAGCUCGUUUCUAUCUUGGUUCAGUAAAAAAUCCGACGACGAAAACACACCCGAAAGUCAGCUGAUCACUAUUAUCAAACGAUCGAUUCUAUCGAUACAGAAGGAAGAAUAUCAAAAAGCGGAACAGAUGUUGCACUUGGCGCUAAAGAUGGCACAAGAGUUGCAGAGCAAGGAUGGCAUUACUUACAUCUACGACAUUAUGGCCAAUCUAGCGAUGGAGGUGGGUGAUUUCGCAAAGGCAGAGAAACUCUUCGUCAACGUUAUGCAGCGCCUGUUUUCCGACGGGUUUCUAGAGGAUCACAUUAAAAUGCUUCACAUAAGCUCCAAAGUUGCACACCUGGCACAGCUUCAAGGUCACCUGGAUAAAGCGGCCCAAGGAUUCGAAUGGACAUUGGUGAAGCUGGAGGAAAAGCUGAAACAGCUCGGUGACAACGACGGCAAAGAGAUCCGCGAACUGUGGGGCAUCACGAAAAACUGGUACGCACAGCUGCUGAUGGACUGUAAGCGAUUUGCCGAGGCCAAACAAGCGUUCCUGCAGGCGUACGAGGCGUACACCGAGAUACACGGGAAGUUAACCGAGGAGGGGCUUACGAUACUGAACAAUCUCAGCGUAGCCUGCUCAAACCUUGAAGAUUACGCCUCUGCUGAACGGUUUCUGAAGGAAGCCAUUUCACUCGCCGCCCAAAUACCGGACCUCUCGGAAGCGGGUGUAUAUAAGGCGAAUCUUGGAUUGCUUUACUUGCAGCAGGGCCUACUGCGACAAGCUUCCGAGUUCUGCACAUUCGCCUGGCGCUAUGGAACACAACACAAACAUGAAGAGACUGUGAUACAGGCGAAUUAUUGUCUGGAACAAAUUAAAGCGAUGCAAAAAUAG